AUGUCUGCAGUCAUGGACCCCAAUGUCGGUAUGUCAGACGCUGUCUCCUAUGCAUUCACAAUUCUCCGAGCUAUGAAGGAGGACGGCAAUCUCCCCAGUUGCGACUACUAUGAACGACUCCAACGUACAAGAGCCACUGUUGGAAAAAUGCGAGAAGCUACCAUUGCUGGGUCAAGCAUCCCGGCUUUUUCGAACGGGGGUGAAAGCUUGGGAAAUGAUGUGCCUCGUGAAGUGGAGGGGCUUACUUUGGGGUUUAAUGAUGGUGUGCCCCUGGAUCACCCCUUGAUAGACAGCUUUCUGGCAGACAAAGGGUUUAUGUGGUCUGAUGGAAUGCUACCUGAGGACCACACGUUGAGAGACUUGGCCUGCGAACUAGGUGAUGAGUUUUUAUUUGGAUCACAAUAA